AUUCACUUCUGCUAUUUCAAGAACCUGGACGAUAAUCUAGAAAGCACAAAACUUCAAAAUGUCUGGCGUUGGAAGAACAGUAGCACUGCUCGGACGAACAUCAAUAAGAGCAAGGGCAUUCAAUCCAGCUUUAAGAGGAGGCGUUGAAAAUGCACCUGGCAAUAACAUGCCAUUUCAAACAUCAAACAAACCAAGAUUGCUUGCAACAAUGGUUGGUUUCCUUGGUCUUGGAUUUGCUAUUCCAUUCAUUGCUGUUAGAUUCCAAAUGCACAAGAAAGCAAGCUCAUAAACUGAUUAUUGACGCCUCUUACAAAGACAAUGUUGAGAAAUGAUACUGAAAACGUUUUAGGUUGCAAACAAAUUUUGAAAUGAAGAUUUAUUGACUGACAAAGUAGUUUUUUUGUUGCUGGGUAUAUUUUUCAGGCCAUGCCAAACCUUUUUUGUCCUGUAGUGGUUGGUCCCUUUUUUAUAUUCUUUUACCUAUUCUUUGCACAUCUCAAUGGAGAGAUCCUUUGCCCCAAAUUAUGCCAACAUAAUAUUGACACCAAUAGAACAAUGUAUCUCAAACAAUGCCCUGAUUCCCAAGUGUUUUAGAAAGGAUUUAAAAUGACAUAAUUUUUAUCUGGCCACACAUGUGAAAAGCUUAAGGAAAUUCUACAAUACACAAAGAUCAUCCACAAACAAAUAGAACCUGUGGCAAACUCAAACAUAAACUUCCUAGAUCUCUCCCCGCACAAGACUGUAUUUGUACCAGUUUUCUGACAAGCUGUGCAUACCUUUUUGUAUGGUUUUUAAAAAAAUCGAGCACAAUUAAUUCUUCAAUGAAAGGAAUCAAAAUCAAUUUAGAAAUCUCUUCCCUUCAGACCAAACUAUCACUGGCAAUUCCUAUUUCGUUUCACUGGGAGUCUUUAUCGUGUUACAAAAAAAUUGCCUACUAAAAUUCAGCUUUGCUCUGUGAGAGGGCACUGUUUUGUGGUUAGGGAGGGGGGGGGGCAGGUGAGCUAUUCCCCAUACUCUUUGAAGUGAUACCCUUGCUCCUAUUUCAUUAUUUCCCAGGGAAGUCACUCAAAUUUUUUAAAUAUGGGGAGGUCCAUCCGCAAUUAUAAAAUUUACCUAAAAUUAGCGAUAACAAAUUCAAUAGACUUAUCAGCUAAAAAGCGUUGAUAAGACCCAAACUUAUCAUCAACAUUCAAAAUGUUGUUGUUGGGCCCACAAGAUAACACUAAUUAUAGCACUUUCGACUUUUUUCAAUAGUUAUAAAGCAGUUGUGGUUAUUAACAGGGGCGAGGAAGGGCAGUUGCCGUCUCUUGGAAUCCAAAAGUUGGCAAAAUUACCAUAAAGUCAGCAAUAUCUCCCAUUUGUUACUUCGGCCUUUUUAAAAAAUUUCCAACGUUGAUACUUCAAUCAUUUUGGCCUUGUUUCUAACAGCGCUCCUUUCCACAUAAAGUGACGUAGGUUCGGUAUCGAGGAUCGGUCAAAUGAGAGAAUCCAGAUUUAGACGCAGAAUUUUAAUUCUUAAUGCAGAGUAUUUAGAUAGCUUUUUGUGAAAAAGCUUCCAAAAACAACGAGAAUUAUUGUGAAACAAUUUACAACCUCCAAAGAUGGUGCUGCAGCAUGUACUUGAAAGUGGACUUUACCAACCUCAGAAGGGGAAAAAGGGUGAUCUGAAAGCUUAAAUCUUGGGACAUAGAAUAUUGAAAAUAAGGUUGCUUUUUUACUCAGUUAGAGGAAACACAAAAAAGGUAGGAUUUUACAGAUAUGACGUUAAAUAUAUUUUUUGGUAAAAUUAAUGACUAUUGACGUAUCACAAAUUUUGCAAUGUUUAUUGAAGAAAAUUAAGUCUAAAAUAGAUCUGAGUCGUUAAAUAGAUCAAAUACGGUGUUAAAGUUGUAAGUGUCAUCCGUCACUAUGUCACCCCUUGCAAUGGCGGCGCCAGCCACUAAACUCUGGGGGGACAAACCAAAACAAUUUAAGCCACGCCCUUUUAAAAACCAGAAAACGCCCUUUUACCAACAGGGAACGCCAAUUUUAUCCGAAGGGAACGCCUAUGACUAACUUUUGUUUGAAAAUUGGCAGUUUGAAAGUCAUAGGAUUCCAUCACAAAAAGCACGGUGUCAAAAUAUUACCCCUCCCCCAACAUUCUCUCAUCGAAUUUAGACGAAAUACAAAAUCGAUUCUGCUGAGAACUGGGGGGACGUGUCCCCUCCAGUCCCCCCGUGGCGCCGCUUCUGACCCCUUGGCAUUUCACUAUCGUUGGUCAACCUUUGGCAGGCGAUUUGACUUUGAGCAUGCGCUAUAGGUACCUUGAGUGAGGUAGCCUCUUGUGGAAAUGCUCAAUGAUAUAUAAGCGAGGCGACGAAGCAUUCCUAUAAUUUUUGAAAAUGCCGCAAGAGUGGAUAAGUUAAAUACAUGCUAUCACGGUAUUUCAUGGUGAGAUGUCCGUGAUUUGGGAACAAUUUCAAUAUGAUAUCCCUGCCUUCAAUGAAAAAAACUACAAUCCUUUUAUUUGCUCUGCAAUUUAUAGCAUUGGUUAUGCUGUUCUCAAUUUAUCAUCUGGACAGUAACACAAAAUAUCGGUAUGCACUAGAUGAUAUUGCUGCAUCACUGAAAAGUGAAGAUUUUCAGAUUCCACAAACAAGUAAAAAGGGCAUGGUAGCUAGACAGGCUAAUGACAUUUGUUUGGACAGUGAAGGUGUUUAUAAGCCAUGCAAUGAUGAUGAUUACGAAUCACUAGUGUCUGCUGACAGAUUAGUAACUGUGGACCCAGAAUAUCCUGACUGGGAAGAAGCUAAAGAAGAACAUAAAGAUGAUAGGAAAAAUCGUUUUAGAGAGAAGAAAAAAGAAUAUUUAGAUGGAUCAAGUAGCUUGUUUUAUGAAAGUAAUGUAAACAAAGAAUAUGCUAUUAGACAAUUCUCAGGAUCACGCUCAAAAAAGAAUAUUUCAAGAAAAGUUCAGAAUGCUGAAAAAAGAUUUGUAUCAGAUCAAAGGAUGUUAUUUAGUGAAGUGUAUGAACAAGUUGAUAGUCAAGAAGAUGUAGAUUUGCUAGUCAUUGUCUCGUCUGGUGCAAAGAAGCGUGCAAGAAGAGAUUCAAUCAGAGGGACCUGGUGGACUGAAUGCUCCCAGAAUGCCAAGGUUAGGUGUUUGUUCUUUACCGAUGAUAUCAAUUCACCAAAGCUGCAAGAUGCACGGAAAGAGCUAUUACAUGAGAAAGAGAAAUAUGAUGAUAUGGUGUUCCAGCCAAUAGAUAUUGGACUUAAAUUUGGCUAUCGAAUGCUAUAUCAAAUGCAAUGGGCCGUGGCUCACUAUCGCUUUAAGUAUUUGCUGCGUGUAGAUGAUGAUGUAAUUGUUUGUCUGCAUCAUCUUCUGCAUGACUUGCAAGAUUUGAGAACAACAAAUUUGCAAUGGGGCUUUAUGCAUUGUGUUUCUGAUAAUUUAAUCUACAUGGAUGAGGGUUUAACCAUGUUUUCUUUUGAUCUGGUUCUGAAGUUUUUAUCUCAAGAUCCCCUUAAAAUGCGCUGUCAUGUUUAUGGAGACCAGCAAAUUGCCAUCUGGAUAAACGAUCUUAACUUAGAUCCUGAGGAAAUUUAUGUGCACGAUCCACGUAUCCAUCAUAACCCUCCUGCUGCACAAAUGUUAGCAUAUUUCAAUGAGCUUGAAGACAUAUGUGCUAAACACAUUAUUAUUCAUGGUGUGUACCCUGAUUUCAUUGAUGAUCUGUGGAUGAAAAGAAGGUCUAGGAAAUACAAGAAAUAUAAGCCAGAGAUAUUUAGUGAGUCUUGUGAUAAACCAGCUGAUUUCUUUUGGUAUGAGCUUGGUGACAGAUUUCGUCAUCAACCACAGUAUUGUUAUAAAAGGCCAGCAUGGGAUGUAUCAAUCAUGGAAUGGCAAGAUGGAACAUUUGCUGGAAGGGAAGUGGAUCCAGACUUCUCAUUAUGAUAUCCUGGUAAGUUAAAUCCUCUUUAGCUAUUUAGAAACCUUAAAAAUAUGUUUGAAGCUAUACAGGGACUUUAUGUUGUAAGAACCUUAUGUAAAUUAUGAUAGUUGAAUCCUGUAGAAAUUUAAAUCUUUUUUAAUUGAUAAGGCAACAAAUAAUUAGCCCCCAAAAAUCAACUCCCUAUGCUAUGAAGAAGUCUCAUUAAUGCACCAAGCUUUCAUUCAAAGAGAAAUCGCUACAAUAAAGGAUAUGGCUCAUUACGUUUUCAUAUCUAGAAUAGGUAUUAAUGUUAGUAGUUUGAAACAAGGGCACAGGCCACUUGGGAACAAAAGAAUUUUGAAAAAAAUUUGUUGUUUGUUGGAUUUCUAAGGAGCCCAUUUUACUCUCAUUGUGCCCGUGGUUAAUGAUACUUAUCAUAGGUACCAUUAACUAAUGAUACUUUGUUGGCAAGAAGUUUAAAUUAGGGAUCAAAAUUGACUAUUUGUUUGAAACUGAAUUUUCCUGAAAUUAUCCAAUUUAACAAAUUGGAUCAUAUCUAUAAAACAUGAUCCAAAUUAUAAUCAAACUCAGUGCUGUUAUUCUUCAACCUGUUUUUCUCCCUUUUACAAAAGUUAACUUUUGCAACGUUUUUUGCACAAUGAUUUAUAAACUGUAUUCUCCCUUGUAUUCCUUCCCUCAUUUUUUCCCUACUUGAAAAAUUGAUGCCACCUCUUCAAUAAUCCUGCAUGUUUUAGGUUUUAUUAAAGAGAGAAAUAAAUGGAUUGCAAAUGUGUUUUGAGUUUUGAAUAAUUUUUUUUACAUUCAGCGUGACUUGUUACUCUUAUUUGAUGACAGCAAGGGAGAAUAAUGUUCUAGCCAAUCAGUGUCAUUUUUCCAACCAACUUUUGUCAAUUUUCUUUGCAAUUAACUUUUGAAGUUUUCACGCCAAAACACAAGAGAAUAUGGUGAAAAGUUAAUGACACCUGCUGCUCUUAUAAUCCUGCCUUAAAUAAUAGGAGGUUUACUCAAUAAACCCACAGCAAAUACAAGAGAGAAUAGUCUUGACAAUGUCAUACCGUCAGUAUUGAGUCUCUUGCAAAUCCCUAGAGCUUGACAUUAAAGGUGGAAACUUAGUUUCUCCUAUUUUAGUCCAAUAUUUAUCUGGCCCUAAAAGUAUGUUCAGUUUUACUAUCUUGUAUUGUUUUUAAGGUAACGAUAAAGCAAUUUGACAUCCUGUAUCGUUUUAGAGAAAUUGAACUUGAUGCUUUACAAUCAUUAUGAGCUGGAUAUGUACCAUAAUGCCUUUAAUAAGCACUCGGCGGCUUAUUUAUUUUUGAGAUUCCAGGAUGGGCGCUUAUAUGGAGGGAGGCGCUUAAUCGUGGGGGGUGCUAUUUAAAAAAGUAGAUUUGAGUGCAAAUUGUGUUUUUCAUAAAUCUUUUUUGUUGAAAUGUCUUCCAAUUAUGUUUUCGUUGAAAAUUCGAAUAAGGGCCCGUUUCUGAAGGUUGAAGGAUGGGCGCUUUUUCGAGGGGGAGCUUAUUCAAUAACUUCACCUCUAGGGUGGGCGCGUAUUCAAGGGGGGCCUUUAUUUGAGGGGGUGCUUGUUCGAGGCAUUACGAUACAUAUAUGUUUGUGUUAAAAAGAAAAUAGUGAUACAUACCUUAUAAGGUUUUUUGUAUACCUAUCAAUUUUGUAAAUUAUAUUAUAGCAUGGUCUUGUUUAGAAGUUGAUAUCAUUAUUUGUAAGGUCUAAAAAUACAUUGCAUAGAUUACCAUACAAACCCCUUUCUAGUGACCAUUUACCUAGUACCUUAAACUUUUACAUCGAAGCAGUAUACAUAGUUAUAAUAAAUCAGAAUUUAAUAA